AUGGGGGAGUGGACCAACUUCCUCCAGGAUCCAGAGAGCAUCCCAGCCAGCCUCAGGGUCAGGAAAGGAGCCCAGCCUCUCCAGGAGCCAGACAGGCUCGCAGCAGGGUGGGUUGGGGCUCUCCUGGGGCUGAAGCUGAGUGCGGAUCAGCUGGCCCUGGUCUACAGUAUACUGGGGCUCUGCCUGUGUGCCAUCUUCUGCUGCUUCCUGGUGGCAGUGGCCUGCUUCCUCAAGAAGAGGGGGGAUCCCUGCUCCUGCCAGCCCUGCUCAAGGCCCUGUCAAAGUUCAGCCAAGUCUUCCCAGGAUCACGAGGUGGAAGCCAGCAGCCCUGUGGGCACAUCUCCUGAGCCAGUGGAGACCUGCAGCUUCUGCUUCCCCGAUCACAGGACCCCCACCCAGGAGAGUGCGGUCAUGCCUGGGACCCUCAACCCCGUAGGUGAUGGAAGGUGGAGGCACCCUGUGAGGUGCCCUGAUAGAUGGUAGCCUUGGCAUUGUGUGUGGAUGCACCCAGGAGAGGGUCCCAGGUGCCUGAACAGGGGCAAGGAGGAACAGGAGGAGGGAAAGAGAUGGAGAGAGACAGAGAGGAAAGGAGAGAUGAGGAGAGAAACAGAGGAGGCAGAGAGGAAGAGAGAGACAGAGCAGGAGGUCAUGGCUUUCUGGGUCCCAGUUCCGAGUGCAGCUGUAGGUCAUCAUCACCUAAACACAUGUGCAAUAAAGUCCUUGUGCCUCCUGCUCACAGCCCCCGAGAGCCCCUCCUCCUGGAGAAUAAAGCCUUUGGCAGCUGCCCUUCC